AGGGUGGGGAAACGGGGGUGAUGCGGCGACGUGAUGACGUCAACCCCCGGCACGUAGAGGCGGGAAGGGAGGAGGUGACGUCGUGACGUCACCCGCGAGGCGGGAAGGAGGAGGAGAAGAAGGAGGAGCCAAAAUGGCGGCGAUGGCGGCGCUAGGGCGGAGAUUGAAGGAGUUGAGCCGGGCAGUGGGGAGGAGAGGGGUGCAGACCCCCCCGGGGGCCCCCCCCGAACCCCCCUUUACACCUCACCAAGAAUCAAGCGUGGAAUUUGCCUUCGUGGAACGGCUGCUGCCCCCAACCCGCAUCCCUGAGCCCCCCCGGCACCCCAAAUAUCCCACCCCCUCCGGCUGGAGCCCCCCCGCAGAGACCCCCCCGGAGCUGCCGUACUUUGUGGGGCGCUCCCGGCACCACAACCUGCCCGUCUACGAGCGCACGGCAAAGGGCAACCGGCGUUUGACCCAACUGCGGCGCCUCGAGGGGGAUCUGUGGGCACUGGAGAGGGACCUGCGAACAGAUUUGGGGGUGCAGGACGUGCAGGUGAACGAGGUGACGGGGUCCCUGCUGCUACGGGGCCACUGUGGGGCCCAGCUGCGCACGUGGCUGCUGCAAAAGGGCUUCUAGCACCCCAAAACUGGGGGGGACCCCAAAACCGGGGUGGGGGAGCCCCAAAAUCACAGUUCCAUCCUAAAUAUAGAGUCAGGAAAUGGCCUUAAAAUGGAGUCAGUGGUGCUUGUGGGCAGGAGGGGAGCCCAAAAAUGGACCAGGGGAGCCCCAAAAAUGGGGUG